AUGUAUUUAACAUUAUUAAAUCAAUAUUCAUGUGAACUACAAGCAGUUAUUUUAUUGUCCAUAUGCUUAGGAACAUUUUUUAUAGGAGCAUUAUUAAUCUAUUUAGUUACACUAUCUCAAAGAAGACGAAAAAAAGGAAAUGUAGAUGAAGAAAAUCUUCGAAAAUUGUUACGAUUUAAGAAUUCAUUAUGGUUGUUAAAAUCUGCUAAAGCUACAUUAGCUGGAAAAAAUGCAUUUGGAAGAUUUCUGAUACUAUCAAGAACUUUAUCAGGUUUACUUUGUAUGUGCAUAUACUUAUGGAAUGCACAUCAGAUUUUAUCAGAAAAUACUUUCUGUAUCGCUUUCACAGAACAAUGGAGAUUCUAUGUAGAAAUGAGCUGUAAUUGUAUCUUUCUCAUCAUGUUUAUUUUACGAGCUAUCGCAUCUAAUGAUUUAUUCACAACAUGGAUGUCACUGUACUCUCUGAUUGAUCAUUGCACUAUACUCUCAACUUUUUCAACAUUUGUUACGGGACGUUAUCAUUUCAUGCUUGGAUUUCUGUAUUUCGCUAGACUGACAAAAAUUCCUGAAUCAUUAGUAUUAUUAAGAAUUAUAAAUCAUGAACGUUCUAUACGUAUAGUAGAUUUAAUAUUUAAACUCUUGGCUGCAUGGACUGUUAUAGCUGGUAUUGCAUUUGUUCUUGAACACGUAGGUAAUUUUUGGACCACAGAAGCUAACAAUCAAAAACUUGAAUAUUUGGAUUGCCUAUACAUGAUCCUUGUAACAUUGGCUACCGUUGGUUAUGGAGAUAUUGUAUGUACAAGUUACUUAGGUCGUAUUUUCAUUAUAUUCGUUAUUAUUGGAACACUUGUAUCAGUAACAACACAUAUGUCAGAACUUAGUGAAUUAUUUAAACAACAUAACCAAUAUAACAAAGCGAUUUAUAUGGAACACAAUCCAAGGCACAUAGUUGUAUGUGGAUCAAUAAACUACCAUACACUUUCAAUAUUUUUUGAUGAAUAUGUGAAUGCCGAUCAAGGCCAUUAUGAUGAAAACAUGAUGAUUGUCAUCCUGUCAGAGAUCGAUCCUGAUAUUAGUCUAACGGCGUUACUUCAGAGAGAAAGCACUACAAUGAGAUUUUUGAAAGGAUCUGUGACAUUACCAGAAGAUUUGGAAAGAGCUAAAGUGAGAACUGCUGAGGCUGUGAUUAUUCUUUCUGAUAAAUGUAGUCAAACCCCUGUUGAAGAUGACUGGAAAAAUUUAAUGUGUGUUGUUUCCAUAAAAAAUCUGUAUCCAAAUAUUCGAAUAAUUUGUGAACUUAUGUUAAUUGAAAGUAAGGUGUGGAUCUCAAAUAUACCUGGGUGGAAGGAACAUGAAAGUGAUCAAUUUGAUAGAGCUAUUUGUUUAACACAGAUGAAACUUGGCUUACUGGCAUUGAAUUGUGUUUCAAAUGGGAUAUCAACUCUGUUAUGUAAUUUUAUAAUGCGUGAUUCAGUACCAACAGCCGCAGUUAGGAAAACUUUACCUCGUUGGAUAAAUGAAUAUUUUCAAGGUACAAAAUAUAAAUUAUAUACAGUAAAAUUAUCUCAUGCUUUCGAUGGGAUGAUAUUUCAACAAUUAGUUGGCUUUGCCAUGGAAUUUUGGGGUUUACUUUUGUUAGCUGUACAAGUUUAUACCAAUAAUGAUAAGAAAACUCAAAUGAUUAUCAAUCCAGGAGUACGGGUACGAAUUAAUACCCAUCGAAUGCGUGCAGUUGUUUUGGCUAAAAAUUUAAUCGAAGCACAACGCUUGAGGACUUUCUCAAUUGAUGGUCAAAUAAUGUUUGAUAAUUAUGGCCAAUUAAUAUUUUCGUCACUUAGUCGAAAUCAGGAUAAUAUAUGCGAGCAGUCAAAUACACUUUCCCCAAUUGCAAAUAGUUUUGUUAAAACAAUUCAAAUGUGUUUUAGAUUUCUUCGACAAUCAAUUGUAACUUACUGUAAUAUGAAGAAGGCCAAAGUAUUAAAAAAAGUCCCUACAUGUGCAAGUAGUUUUUCGAUGAAUUCUUAUUAUCGUUAUCCGUAUCCAGAUAGUACAAUAACUGAUUUAGCGCAACUACAAAGACUGAAUGUAAUCGAUUUGCAGUGUGAUAGUACCGGUUUAUUUUAUUGGGUAACUGAGAGAAAAUUUUCAAAUAUAUGUUUGACGAUGAAAGAAAUGAUUCGCUGUCAGUUUGAAAAUCAUAUCAUUGUAUGCAUCAUGAAACAACCUAAAGAAAUAAAAUCAGGUCUAGCUAGUUUUGUACUUCCACUCAGAUCAACUUCGAUACCGGUCGAAGAAUUGAAACCAAUAAUUAUUUUGUGUGAAGCUAAAGUUAUUGAAAAUGAAUGGCGAUCUCUGAAAAAUCUCCCAAAUAUCUAUGUCUUUUCAGGAUCACCAUUAAACAGAGCUAAUCUUCGAGCUGCCGGUGUUGAAAGAUGUUCUACUUGUGUUGUACUUUCAUGCUCAUUUGAUAUUUCUGGAAAGCCAUCAUUAAUGAUAGAUAAAGAAAGUAUCCUAUGUACUUUGAAUAUUCGUCAAUUGUUAGCUGAUGCACAUAAAACAAAUAUUUUAAAUAUGACUGAACACAAUCAUCCUAUGCUUGUAACUGAGCUUUAUGAUGUAACCAAUGCAAGCCUUCUAUCAACUAAAUCAAAAUAUGGAAGUACUUACUUCAAUCCAUUAAUUGCCUCAGGAAAUAUUUUCGAAUCUAAUGUCUUGCAUAGUCUUUCAUCAAAUGUACUAUUCGAUCCAACUGUAAUAACAUUUAUUGAGACAAUUUUAGGCGGUGGACCAGGUCAUGAAGUAGAAAAGGUAUUUGCUAUAGAUAGUGGUUUCUUUCCAGGCUUAAAGGGACAACCAGUCAGUACUUUGACAUUUCCAGGUUAUCUAACUGGUAAUAUACCAAGUCAAGUUGAUGAUAAAAACGAAAGUAAUCGAUUAUAUUCCAGUGAAGUACAAAAUACUUUGUCAACUACUGGUUCUAUCUCUGAUUUUCUGAAUAAUGAACACAAUAAAUCAUUUUUAAAGAAGAACUGUUUAAGCGGAAAUAUAUCCCAGUUUGAUGGACAAACAAGAUCACGUCAAUCAAGUGACUGCUAUGUAGAAGAACUUUUGAAAGAGAAGACAGAUUCUAGCUAUAUAACAGCAGAUAAUGAACAAAUAAAUGUAAAAAGUUUUUUAAGCUAUAAAACUGAAACAGGCGAAGCGAUUGCUGUUCGGCUGUCCCAACUUCGUUUAAUACCCCUUAUGGAAUUGGAUAAAGAACUUCAUCAUCUAGCUUCGCAGAAAAUUCUGACUUUCAGUCAGUUAUUUCAUGCUGAGUUGGCAAGUACCGGAACAAUAUCAAUCGGCCUUUAUCGAAGUGUUGAAGCUAGCAAUAAUAUGGAUGAAUGUUUGUCAUGUAAAAACAUAUACCUUGAAGCAAGUGGAAAAAUCGAAAGAUUUGUUUACACAUUACCAGAACCUACAACUCCAAUAUACCCAAAUGAUAUGGUUUACUGCCUUACAGCGAUGACUGAAAACCCAAUGGUGGGGUAG